AUGGCCAACAUCCCAGAGUCAGACAAUGUCGUGCGCGUCAAGCUGAUUGACACGACGACCGCCAUGGUCGGCACGGCCGAGUCCUUCGUGCAGCCGGUCGUGCCAGGGCACGAAGUCAUCAACUUUUGCUCAUUAGCAUUCCUCCUCGAGAACGAAGCUCUCGGGAAGAGGGCUAUGUUCGACCUCGGAGUCCGUAAAGACUACUGGAACCUGCCAAAGGCCGCUCAACAAGGGGUCCUGGGACCCGACAGUGUCAUCUUCGGUAUGAGUGUCGAAAAGGGCGUCGAUGAGGUCUUGAGAGACGGGGGCGUCGACCCCAAAUCUAUUGACUACUGCAUUUGGUCUCACGCACAUUUCGACCACCGCGGCGAUGUGUCUAUUUUCCCCAAGUCGACGACCUUGGUUACUGGCCCUGGGUACUUCUCUUCGAAGGGCAGGCCAGGCGGACGAGACGAUCCGCAGGCAGCCCCCGAGUUCGAAGGUCGGGUGCUCAAAGAGGCGGAAUUCGACGGCGGUCUCACGGUGGGCAAGUUCAAGGCCCAAGACUUCUUUGGCGACGGUUCCCUUUAUCUCCUGGAAGCCCCCGGACACCAGCCAGAGCACAUUUGCGCUCUUGCGAGGACCACGCCCUCAUCGGCUCCCGGUGGAGCGACCUUUGUCUUCCUCGGCGGCGAUAUUUGCCACUUCGCGGGCGUCUUCCGGCCGACUGCGGACACGCCGCUCCCUGAAGGCAUCCCCGCCUCGGCCAUCACGAGACGUUCGGACUGGUCCUCCAAGGCGGCGUGCCCGUGCUCCUACUUCACACCCCAUCACCCCAACGCCAAAGACGAGGACUCGGCCAGGACCACGCCGUGGUACCAGCUGCCCCGCAGCGGGGAGCACCCGGUCUACGUGGACAUCGACCUGGCCGCGGACUCGGUGUCCAAAAUGCGGGAGCUCGACAUCGAGGACAACAUCAUGGUUUGCAUCGCGCACGAUGCGAGCCUUUUGGACGUGCUGCCCGUGUUUAACAGAGAGCCGAGCAGAGACAUCAACGACUGGAAGAAGGAAGGGUGGAAGGAGACGACGUACUGGAGCUGGUUGAACGAGGUCGCCGUGGAGGGCAAGACGCCCCGGCCGCCGGUCGUGGAAGGGUUUUGGAGGGAUGGGAAGAAGUGGGAUUAUGCUUCACAUCUGAAUAGCCUCGGUUGA